GAGAACGCACAUCUGAUUCGGUUUUAUAGUAGAGCUAAGUCCUUUGUGUCGUGUCUGUAUUUUUUUUUACAUAUUUGCAACAUGAAAGUCUAUUUAAUAUUGGGUCUGCUGGUAACAGCGGCGUGUGCCGAGAAGAAAAUUAAUUUAGAGGACAUAGAGAGAGAUACUCUGAAGGCGGAGGGCAAAACUAAGGCCGAGAGCAUCCAAACUGAUGAGACGAAAUAUAACGCUAAUCCCAAUCAGCAGCAGUAUCAAAUACCAAGCCAAUAUAAUACAUUGGGUCAUCCCGAAUUGUACAUUCCACCUCAGCGGCUUCAGGAUAUAAAAUACAGCCAAGUGCCAUCUGAAGAAUACAUUCAACCCAAUCAAUACGCCGUACACGAAGCACAAUAUAAGCAGCCGAGCCAAAUUCUGCCGCAGCAAAAUAUUCCGCCGUUACAAUAUUACGGCGGAUAUCAACAGCAAGUGGAAAUACCGGCUAAAGGCAUCGCUCCUAUUGCUUUCGAAUCUCAGAAAUUAAACUAUCAACCGGAAAUAGUGGUGGGCAAUCACAUCCAAAGUGUUCAACAGAAAGCAGUAACGGACAAAUACACGAAAGCUAUAAUCAAUAAAGAACCUACUUACAUUGAUGUUCCGGUGGCACAAUUGAUUCCCUAUUAUUCCAAUUUGAAUAUUAAUCCCUUGGUUGGUCUAAAAGAUGCCGGACUGGCACAACCUCCGUUACAAUUUGCUAGCAACGCGGCCCAACAAAUUCCCAUACCUCUAUAUACCCCCGCGUAUAAUCAAAAACAAUUGAUCUCUUCCGUAAAAUCACCUUACUCUACUAUUGGGCAAGUAACGUUCACGACGAAGGCGCCGAAAGGAUCGACAUAUGUGAUCCCAGAUGCACCGAAAAAGAAGCUUAACUCAGCUCCCUUGCUGACGACACCGUUGUACGCCCAGCAGCCGCUGACGCAAGGAAAGACCCUGUUGCACACGCAAGCUUACAUCACGCCCUCGCAACCGCAGUAUGUGCAGCCAUUAGUUUACACGCAGCCCGGCAUAGUUUACAGCGAUCCCGCUGCCGCUUACAGCGAUCUUUACGCCCGUCUGCCGGCCUACAUUCAGGAUAAUUACCUCCGCGGACAAAUAAAUCCGUAUCAGCAGCAGCUGUACAUCGCACCGGCAAUCGGCCCCGAAGCGCCGAAGGAGAUCUUGCAGGAGCAGAUCAGCCAGGACCUGCCGCAAAAUUAUAUCAAGGUGCCUGAUGAGCCCAAAACUUAUUUCGUACCUCCGCAAUUCCCUUCGCAUGACUUCAAAGCCGGCAGCACGCAACUGGAGCCUGUCCGAAGCUCCUUUGAAGACGAGCAAGCCUUGCCGGCGCAGGAUCACUCCUUGCCCUCGGAGCCGAAGUCACUACUCGACACGUACAUCCCGAGCAAAGUCAUCGCCGCGCAGGACACCGCCAGGUACAGAGAGAGACCGAUAAAGCUGGAAGGGGGUUUUCUCCCGUCGAAAGUGAACUUCGCGCUUAAGAAGCGCAAGUCCGAGUGACGUUGAGAAUCGCCGUGAGUGGCAUGACGAUUGACGAAUGUCAUACAUACACAUGGGUCAGUAAAGUUUGAAAACUCAAUUAUUAGCCAUUUUUACUAGCGACGACCGAGGCAUACGCGGACAUCGAGGAUGAGCCAUCUGAACCAGGAGGUCGGCGGCGUCAUCGCAUCUAGUCUUUCAUCGACAACAUCAUGCAAAACCUUUUUUAUACUUUUUCUCUUUUACAUUUGUAAAGACGCGCCCAGUAAACGGCAAAUACUUUGUUUACGAUUUUUAAAUAAAAUUUAAAAUGAUAAA